CUCCACCAUUCUCUCCAUCACCACCACCCUUAGCCUCCUAUAUACACUUCCAUAAACUUCCCUUCCAAUCCCUUCUAGUUAUAAGAUGGCAUCCCAGACCAUCGAGAGCUACCGAGAAGCUGCCGAGGUCUAUCAUGGUGAUGACCUCUGUAAGAAGAAGUCUAUUGAAUUGCUUGAAGAGCUUGGCCUUCCAAAAGGUCUGCUACCCCUCGUCGAUAUUGAGGAGUUUGGCUACAAUCGUGCAGCUGGAUUUUUGUGGCUCAUCCAGAAGAAGAAGAAAGAGCAUACAUUCAAGAAGAUCAAACAGACGGUAUCGUAUGCCACCGAGGUGACGGCCUUCGUGGAGCAACGCAAGAUGAAGAAGAUAACAGGGGUGAAGACGAAGGAGUUGUUGCUAUGGCUUUCUGUUGUGGAGGUGUACAUUGAUGAUCCCUCGUUGGAAAAGAUCACUUUCAAGACCGGUACCGGACUAUCUGAUACCUUUCCAGUCGCUGCCUUUGAGCUUGAGUAGUUUGAGAUAGGGAAGUUAGUGGAGGGCCUGGAGCUUGGAUUCGCUGUGAUCUUUGAGCUGGAAAUUGAAAAUGGGGAGCCACCCUCCAUCAGUUUAAAUGUUGUUAAUUUUCUUUUUCUUUUUUUUUUUUGUGUGUGUGUUUGUGUGUCUUUUAAAUAGUACUGCUGUAUUAAAUAAAAGUUGCAAUUAUUGGUCUGAUAAUAAUAUAUGUUCUCAAUAAAUCAUUUGAUAAGUAAGCUUUUUCUUUUAUUUGCUAGGUGAAGAUCAUUUGAAUCAGUUAUGUACAUCUUCUUUGAAGUUUAGAGUAAAAUAAUUAGCACUUUAGAUGUACA